GGUGUGUGCCUAUGAUUGGGGGUCCUCUGUAGUGUCUGUGUUCAUAAAAUUAAAGUUUUUCGGGUCUUCCUCUGCUGCCACACCUUCGCUCUGCUGCUUGUCAUUGGUCCACGCCCCGCUGUUGUCAGGGACACCCUUUUUCCUGCACUCACCUUUCACUGCUGCUUUGUUACUGAAUAUUUUAACAACUCGGCUGUUUUUUUUUAAUCUGUGUGCAUGUGUGCAUAAUGCAAUGUCUGUGGAGCGAGAUCCUUUGGACAUGUUUAUGUGCAGAGCAGAUCUAGUGAGGAGGAGGAGGAAGGGGGGGUUCUUCUCUUGAGGAGUGCUAAAGUCGAAGGAAGUGCAGUACUUACAGAUCUGGUCCGAGUCACUCGUGUGGAUUAAGUCCUAUUUUCUAAGCCACACUACAAGAGCUCAUCCUUUCUCCGUGCCUUGCACUGCCAUCGCCGUCAGUAUGGACGUGACACAGUGAGCUGCUCUGUUUGCUCCUUCCAUCGUUACUGCAUUGCACUUCAUUCCUUCACUCAUCACUUUUCGCCUUUCUCCUCAUUCUCUCGUGGACAUUUGCCUCCCUCCAUCUGCUCCCUUCGUUCUAUCCUCCUCAGCAUCACCUCCUUUCUUUAUUUUUAGCCCGAUUGAGAGUAGCUUUUAGCUGUUAGCUACAUAUUUGUUCCAAGAGAAGAGGGCUUCUAGGGGUGACCCUGACCUUCAUUCUGUGGUACCCAGGACUGACCUGCCUCAUCCCCUACCCCCUCACCCCUCUCAGCAGGGUGGGAUGGGAGGGGGCUGGGUGAGCUAGCCAGGGGCUUGGGAGGUUUAGCAACAGGACAGGCGAUGCCAGAUAAGAAAAAAACAAGUGAAGGAAGAGGUGGAAGUGGGUCUUCCCAGAGCAAGAGGAAGCAGAGAAGGGGAGGCAGCCGCUCAGCCAUCCCAGGCCUGUCCACCAUCACCGAGGAAGAGGAGGGACAGAGACGCAGAGAGGCUUGGAAGAAGAAAAAGAGAGCGUCCUACUCCCAAUAUAAUUCUGAUGAUGGAAGAGCGUCUUCAGCCACCUUUACAGGCUCCCCGGGCUCCGGACAGACCUACACUCCCAGCCUAACUCCUAUUCCAACUUUCCCCCUAAAUCGCCCAGUCACCAGCAACAACUCCAGCAACUAUGCUGCCACCAAAACAGAUUCAUUGCUUUUCAACAAGAUUGAUGAGAGACAGAGGUUGGCCCGUGAGAGGAGGGAGGAGCGUGAGAAACAGAACGCUGCCAAAGAAGCCCAAUGGCAGGCGCGUGAGGAGCGGGCCAGGCAGCACUAUGAGAAGCUCCUGGAGGAGAGGAAGAAGAAACUGGAAGAACAGCGGAUAAAAGAGGAGAAGAGGCGGGCCGCUGUGGAGGAGAAACGACGACAAAAACAGGAGGAGGACAGGGUGCGCCAUGAGGCGGUGAUCCGUCGCACGAUAGACAAAGGCCAGAAAACCAGACCGAAGAACAACCGCUGGUCCUGGGGAGGAGCAGUACACACAAACGCCACCAACACAACAACUGGUUUUGUCGAGUCGGCUUUCCUCUAUCCACUCGACCUUGCUGGACUAGAGCACAUGCAAAGUGCUUUCAGUUUCUACCGCAGACAUGGAAUGACCUCCCAAUAUGCAGGCAGAAGGUCAGUGUCCACAGUGAACUUAUCCAAACAGACAGACUCCAUCAUCACAAAGCGCCUCUCCUCUUCAUCUGCAACACUUCUCCACUCACCUGACCGAGGUUUGCAGAUGAGAACAACCUCCACCCCAGUAAUAAGCAAAGCUCAGUCCAAACCCCGCCUACAUCAGGGGAAGAGCCCACAGCAGCAAAACACAGGGCUGCGCCGCCUUCCGCUGACGCUGUGGGAGAGCAAUGUGGUGAACCGCCUGCAGCAGCCAACACACUCCUACCUGGCUCGCAGCCGCAGUGCUGUCAGUCUGUCUGGAGACCAAACAGCCAUGCCUGUGUGUCCUCGCUCAGUUUCCUGCCACCCUUCGAGCUCCAUGUCCUUCAAGGCCCUGCAGAGCCAGCCUCUGCCUCACUGUCGCAGCCAGGAGCGGAGUUUCGGCAAGGAGAUGCCCUCCCUGCCUUCCACCACCCCACGCAGGCGGACCACAGGAACUGGACAGCAAAAGGACCGUGACCACGUCAGGAAAUCAUGGAGCAACCUGUCACUUCCACUGGCUCCUGUUCUGACAUUACCCCCCAGAAACCUUACAGCCUCCACAAGCAAGAAAAACAGCAAAACGGCCCCCUCUGCUGGCAGACCUCCUCAGAAGACUCCAGCACGCCCCCCAACACCCAAACUGUUGAAGUCUCCAAGGGCAGAGGACCCGGGAAACCUUCGUCCUGUCAGGAUUACACCGGACAGUUCUCAACCUUCAACCCCGACCAAAACCCAAAACGAAGAGGAAGAGCACUUUCUCAGCCCUCCUCAGCCUCGACCUCAACCUCUGGGUCAAAACAAGACCUCCAGUGAGCAGAUGCAAACCACACCCACAGGAGCUGGCGAGAGCUCAGGAACUCCUCCAUCUUCCAAACCCUCAGCAGGAACCACAGAUCCAGAGGAGGCGAGUCGCAUCCUCGCAGAGAACCGGAGGCUAAUGCGUGAGCAAAGAGAGAAAGAGGAAGAGGAGCGAAGGCAGCAAGAGGAGCAGGCCAGGUUAGCUAGGGAGGAGAUGGCUCGCCGAAAGGCUGAGGAAAAAGCCCGGAGAGAUGAGGAGGCUCAGCGGCAGGCAGAGGAGAGAAGGAGAAAGGAGGAGGAGGAGGAGAAAAAGGCAGAGGAAGAGAGGCUGCAGAACGAAAGGGAGGAAACGAUGAGACUCCAGAAACAGAAAGAGGAGGAGGAGUCUCGACAGAGGGAGGAAGCUGAGCGUCUGAGGCAGGAGAGGGAGAAGCACUUUCAGAAAGAAGAGGCUGAACGCCUGGAGAGAAAGAAGCGCCUUGAGGAGAUCAUGAAGAGAACGAGGCGCUCUGACACAACAGAAAAGAAAGUCAGUAAUGGAAACAGUGCAGUGACAGUGUCCCAGACGCAGAAAAGUGACGGUCUCAACCCAAACCAGAGCACUGCAGCGCCGAGCCAUCCCGACCAGAGGGAGAACGGGGCAUUUGAGGAGGUGAUUGACCUGCCUUCGCAUUCAAGGUUGUCUCCUCCUGAAGGACAGGAGGAGCAGCAGCAGCCCGAGGAGAGAGUUCCUAUCGUAGCCUUCACUGAGAACGGCCUCCUAAAGCCCCUAAGUGGAGUAGAGGACAUUUCAGCCCAGCAGGGACCAGAUGUUGCCUGAUGCAUUUGGGGAACUCGACGCUUCCACACCCAGAGACGGGAGAAGAGGUCAUAAAAAUCUGGGAGGAGUUGAAUCAAAGGAAGGACUCACAGCGCCGGAUUCAGACCGUCUCGCUCCCUGACACGAGCGAGCACAACAUUCACUUCCCAAAGACGGCGCCUCCAAAGAUCUCCUUCAAAACAUUUUGAGAGAGGAGUCAUUUUCUCCUCCGCAAAUUCCCGGGGAAGAGCCGCUCGUCUCUUCUGACCACUACGACUUGGGGCCGUGUUUGGUCACGCAGCUCCAACCGAUUCUCAAACGUCUAAAGCCACAAGGAGAACACUGAAGUCUUCUUUCUCCUCUGAGAGGACAGAGAGGCCUGAUAAUAAUGUAAACAGAUUGUCUAAAACAUCUUCAGCUCUGAUACUUGAAGUAUUCUGUUGCUGUCUGCUUACUUUCAGAAUCUGCAACUUAACUUUAGAACCGGAUCCUUUACAGAGAAUCCUUAUUUGUUCUUGUUAACCUGUCAUUUUCACUUUGAAGAGUUACAGAGCAGAUGGGAUUGAGACUCAAAUAUAACAAGACUACUUGAAAUUGUCACAUUGUAAAUGUUGUUUUGUCUUCAGUGUUUAAACAUAGAUGUUAUUUGGGGGUGUCACUGGUGCAAUUAUGAACUUUAGUUGGCUAAUAAAACACUGAUCUCUCAGAAUUAGGAUGUAAACUUCAGAUUUUUGUUUAGGUUUUAUUUAAUUGCUGUACAGAUCACAUGAUUCCUUUCUGUUCAGAUUUAGAGAAAAGCAUUCUUUGGCUUCAAGCCUCUCAUUUCUUUACUCCUGUUCCAUUCAUGCUGGAUCCUUUCACUGGGCCUCUUUGCUUGUACGGUAGUCGGUGCAAAAAGAUUAAAUUAUUAGUGCUGCAAGUAAUGUGAUGAAAUUGGAUCUUUUGAAUAAGAAAUGCUAACUCUGUUUUCCUUUGCCUUACUGCUUUGAAGGAGGGACUUUCUCUCAGCACUAAAGUAAAGACAUGCAUUUCUCCAGAAAAGUAUCAUGUAAAAGCAAUAAUGUCUUCUUCUGUUUGGUUAGUUUUGCUGCCCUGAAGAUUUGCACUUCCGGCUCAGACUUCUGUUUUCUGCCAUUACUGGAGCACUCCUUAAAGUGGGGAGGACUUACAAAGUUUCUGAUGCUACUUCAUUUAACUCAUGACUGCAAAGUUCAUUCAUAGUCUUAAAAGUUUCAAAUCAAACGCUUCAUACGACAAAAGCUGGGACAAUGUUUUGAACCAUCACAUCACUGAAUUUGUACCACCGUUGCAAAAAGAUUAUUUAGCAAAAUAAAACUUUUCAAAUUGA